UAAAGAAUUCAAACUCGGAAUGAAAUCGAACGGAAGCCAAAGACAUUCGAAGAACCGAGACAAAUAUACCUCGAACCAAAAUAACGGAGUUUCAUUUGACCAAAAUUCAGAUGUAUCAGUACGUCACGAUAAAGAGUUUUUYGUCGAUAAAGCACAAGACGUUUCUAUACGUCAAAAUGAAGUGGUUUCUAGAGCCCAUAACAUCCAUUCCCCUUCAAGGCACAAUAAAAGCAUUAUAUUGCCACAGGCAAGUCCAGCCGCUCAUCGAGACGUUAAUGCUACUGAUAGCAGCACAGAAAGUCAAAAUAAUGACGAUAAGAAUAAUGCUAGUCGUAUAAAAAAAUGUAAUUUUCUUUUAAGUGAUAAUUUGCCCUCAAGAAGACAUUUGGGAUCGUGUGAUAAAGACAUGACAGACACGUUUCUGAGUGGUCAUUCAUUUAAAGAAAUGGAUCACGUAUCCAUCAUGAGUGUUCAUUAUGACGAAGACGAUAAAGCAAUGACUAAAGCCGYAAGUUCUUCAUCAAAAAAUGGCAUUAGAAUUAUUGGCGAUGUCAUUGAUGAUUAYGAUCAUGAAUUUCAAACUACGAAUGAAAUAUCAGUACUUGAGAACAAGAGUAUGAACCGCGUUCUUGCCACACCCUGUUCAGGGUCUUUGUCAGAUUUAUCAGACAACCUUCCUUUCGACUGUAAAGAGAUGAAGGAAAUCUCCAGGCAUGAGAUUAAGAACAAACACGUGUUUGCCACGCCCUGCUCGGAAAUGAAUGACGUUUCAAGGUAUGACAACAUGGGCCAGCACGUGUUUGUCACGCCCUACUAUAAAGGAUUAUCAGAUCAUGAUGAAGAAAGCAAGCUUGCAAAAUCAGGAAUAGGUACAAUGGACCUUCAAAAUAGUAUUGAAAAGGUCUACCCGUCAAACGCAUUUCAGCGUACAGAUACCGGAAAUCAAGACACUUUGCAAUACAAUYAUUUUGACAAAUCARCAGAUGCCGUAUCAUUACCCGAAAGUACUGAGAAAUCGAUCAAACCAACUGACCAUCUAAAUGGUCAAGGGAGUGGCAAUAUCUUUUCAAAAUCUUCUACAAAAAUCGCACCAAAACCCGAAAACUUAAUCGCUGAGGUGAAUGAAGUUAGAGAUUCAACCAGACGCACUGCUAAAGGUUUUCACUCCAGGCGUCCUUCCCUAAGAACACUGAUGAUGAGCAAAGAAGAGCGAAAAACAGCAUUAUCAAUAACGGUCGUACUAAUAGCUUUCAUCUUGUUAGUUUAUCCAAGACUUUUACUAAUUUUUUAUAACUUUUUCAACCCCAAAUUGCCAACCUCUGCUAUACUGACACUGUGGUUAAGAGUUUUGAUGUACAGUAACUCUGCAAUUAAUCCUCUAUUGUACGCAUGGAGGAUGCCUGAGUUUAGGAAAACAUUUGUGACUAUGUUUACUAAAGGGAGAAAUAGAGUAAGUGUUGUUUAAUAAUUUUUUUAUGGCUUUAAGUCAUGAAUAGUAGUUGUAGCCUCAUUCGUAGGGUAUUCCAACGAAUUUUGGUCUUCCUGUGUUGACAAUCUUGACCGAGAGGAACUGGUGUUUUCAUUCUUUACUCAUCCCCUCCCCCUCAGGCAGCUUGUUUGUCUUAACACAGGAAUCCCAUGUAGUGGAGUUGCCUGCGAAGCUUGUAUAGCAGAGUAUAUAUAUUCCUGUAUAGAUUCAUAAUAAUACUCAUACUUACAGGUAGUUGGAARGGCAUUUGUUUGUUUAAUACUUUAGGUGGAAUGUCAUCUGGGCUUAAUGUAGUAACCACAUCAUCUAAAACAUGAAAAGAAUAUAUUGAAAACCUCGGUAAUCCGUCUUUCGAUCGGAUAUACCGAUCGGAUGGCCGUAAAGCGGAGUUCCACUGAAGUAACAAAAUGCAUGUCAUAUUAUUAUAAUGUUUUCAAUUUUUCUAUUGU